AAAGGCGAUCGUCAGGACGCGCUCGGUGCCUCGCGCCCUCCCACUGGUCCCUCCUCCCUCCCCAUGCCCGCUCCGGGCGCCUCCCCCUGUUGAAAAGAGCCCGGGAAAUUCUCACGUCGUCGGCGCCGGACGCAGCUGGCGGCGGGAGUGGCGGCGGCAGCGUCGGGACAGGCGCGUGUGCGGGAGGGCGUUCGGCUGCGGGGCCGCUGCGCUUGACCUCCCACGGCCUGAGUUCGGGACGCGGGGACGCGGGAACGCGGCCUGAGGGAGCUGUAGCCAUCAUGACUGCCCAGGGCUGUAGCCCUCUGACCCCAUUGCUGGAAACGCUGGAGGAUCCCGCCGCCUCUGUGGGGGAGCAGGUGGAUGCCUACCUGACCUUGGCCAGUCGACUGACUGGAGAAGAAGGAAAAGAAUUCAUUGUAGAAAUCCAGAAACAGCUUCCUCGCCUUUACAAAACAUUUAAGACUCACAUUUCUAGUCAAAACUCAGAGUUGAAUAGUGCUACUCUACAAGCCAUGGGGUUUUGUUUAUAUAACCCCCAAAUUACUUCAGGAUUAACAGAAAAAGAAAUGCAAGAGUUACUUUCACAGUUGACUGAUAUUGCUACAAAGAGUACAGACAAAAACACACGUACUCGAGCACUUUGGGUAAUGUCUAAACAGACAUUUCCCAAUGAAACUGUUGGCAAAGUGGUACCCAGUAUAAUUACCAUGUUAGAAGUAGUAUUUAAUAAGGUGGAUGUGCAUUCUAUGGUGGUUGAUUAUGAAGCGCUAAAUGUUAUCAUACGACUAAUAGAGCAAGCCCCUAUUCAGAUGGAAGAAGAAGCAGUGAGGUGGGCAAAGCUGAUCAUACCUUUAGUGGUGCAUUCAGCACAAAAGGUACAUUUGCGGGGAGCAACUGCAUUAGAGAUGGGAAUGCCAUUGUUGCUCAAGAAACAGCAAGAAGUAGCAGCUGUUACUGAGCAGCUUAUGACAACUAAACUAAUUCCAGAACUACAAAAGCUAUUCAUGAGUAAAAAUGAGACAUAUGUGUUGAAAUUGUGGCCUUUGUUUGUUAAACUUCUUGGAAAGACUCUUCAUCGAAGUGGGAGUUUUAUCAACUCAUUGUUACAGCUAGAAGAACUUGGAUUUCGUAGUGGAGCACCUGUGAUAAAGAAGAUUGCCUUUAUUGCUUGGAAAAGUUUGAUAGAUAAUUUUGCAUUAAAUCCAGAUAUACUGUGCAGCACAAAGCGACUCAAAUUGCUAAUGCAGCCUUUGAGCUCUAUCCAUGUGAGAACAGAAGCUCUAGCACUGACAAAACUGGAAGUCUGGUGGUAUCUACUAAUGAGGCUUGGACCUCAUCUUCCUACAAAUUUUGAACAGGUUUGUGUACCAUUGAUUCAAAGCACAAUAAGCACAGACUGCCAUACUGUGUCCCAAGGAACUCCAUCCCGUGGAGCAGCUAAUGCAGGCUUAAACCCUGUUACUUCUAACCAGAAAGCAGGAUCGUUCCCAUUUGGAACUCCUGUUACACCCAGGAUGAAUUUGUCUCUUAAUACCAGUGGAAUGGCAGCCAUCCCAUCUAUUCAACUCUUGGGAAUUGAAAUGUUACUUCACUUCUUGCUGGGUCCAGAUGUUUUGGAAUUUGCUAAGAAAAACAAACUUGUGCUGAGUUUAGAGCCUCUUCAGCAUCCUUUGAUCAAUAGCCCUUCGUUCUUUUGCAAACAUGCAAAUAUUCUCAUAGCUGCAGUUCAAGACAGCUUUGUUGCUGUUGGAAAAGAUGCUUCAGAUGCUGUGAUUUAUGCCAUAUGGAAAGAUAUCAUUUGCUUUGUGAAAUCAGUUAUUGAAUCAGGUAACAAAAAAGAAAGACAGGGCUCAGAAGUAUUGACCCUUUUGCUACAGUCUUUGAAAAGCAUAGUGACAGCUGAUGCAUUUCCUGUAUCAAAAACAUUGGUCCUCAUAGAAAUUACAAUUAAAGGACUACCUCAGAAAGUAUUAGGUUCACCAGCAUAUCAAGUUGCUAACAUGGAUCUUCUUAAUGGAACUCCAGCUUUGUUCUUAAUUCAAUUAAUUUUUAGUAAUAACCUCUUGGAAUGUGGUGUGGCUGAUGAAAGGUUCUUUCAAAACCUGGAAACGCUUGUAGGUUGUGUUCUUACUGGCCCAACUUCUCCACUAGCUUUCAGUGAUUCUGUUUUAAAUGUUAUUAAUCAAAAUGCAAAGCACCUUGAUAACAAAGAGCAUCUGUGGCGAAUGUGGAGCAUUCUAGUCAACCCAUUAACGGAACUGAUUAACCAGACCAAUGAAGUAAAUCAGGGAGAUGCAUUGGAGCACAAUUUCAGUGCUGUCUAUAGUGCAUUGAUGCUACCAAUAACCCAUGUUUUUCCAGCACAAGAGUUUCCAUUGCCCACUAUCAAAUCAUUACUUCGAACUUGGUCAGAACUGUAUCGAACAUUUGCCCGUUGUGCAGCUUUGGUAGCAACAGCAGAAGAAAACUUAUGCUGUGAUGAACUGUGUCUUAAGAUGAUGUCUGCCUUAGAUGACAACACUUUUGCAAACUUGUCUUUUUUGGAUAGGAUUGCCCAUGUUGCUACAGUAAUAGUUGAAUGCAUCGAUUUUUCACCAUACAGUACUAAACAUCAACCCCAAAUUAAAUUACCACAGACACCUACAGAUUGGUCCAAGAAAAAAAAAGAACCUUUAGGGAAGUUGACUUCUUUAUUUAAAGUUAUCCUGAAAAUGAUGGAUGCUUUCCAUGAUGUCAGCAUCAAGAAUCUUCAUUCUGAAACACUCCUUUCUGUUGGUAGUUCAAUUAUCAGCAUUAUUUCUACUAUUCUUGGCCAUGUGUCUUUGCCUUCAGUGAUACAGACAAUCUUUGCAACUUUAACAAAGCCUUUGGCAUUGUUAUAUGAAAAUUCGAAGCUUAGUGAUGUGCCUAAAGUGUAUAAUUGCCUCAACAACAAGUUAGAAAAGCUCUUAGGAGAGAUUCUUAGAUGUCUUCAGUUUCGCUACAAUGGCACUUAUAACAAUGAGCUUUUAGAACAACUCUCCCCAUUAUUGUGCAUAAUAUUUCUGCACAAAAAUAAACAGAUCCGCAAACAGAGUGUUCAGUUCUGGAAUGACACAUUUGCUAAAGAGACUCUGCUGGAGUAUCCUGAAGAACUAAAAACUGUAUUGAAACAAGCCAAACAGAAAUGUUUGCUUUUGUUACCUGGUUUUGAAGUUGAACCAAUAGAAGAAUCUGGUGGCCUCUAUUCGGAGGGAACAGAAAAUUCACAAUUAGACACAAAGAUAAGUGGUAUAGAAAUACAGUCUUGUGGAAAACAAGAUUUUUUAUCUUUACAUGCAAAGAAUCUGAAAGGAAAAGAUCUAAAAUCACCAGCUAAGAUGAAACUAGAAUUUUUGUCUCCUAAAUUAAAAAAAGAUGUCAUUUUGGAAGAUUGUUCAUCUGUUGAUUUUGUGUUUAUACCUCCCAGAGAAGAAACAAAGGAAAGAAUUCUAACUGAACAUCAGAAAGAAGUACUUAGAACAAAGAGAAGUGAUAUUCCUACUCUGUACAAUAAUCUGGAUGUAUCACAAGAUAGUUUUUCUUACCAUACUCAAGAAGAAACUCUGGAAAAUCCAAGUUUAACUGAAGAAUCAAAGGAAGAAUCAAAGAUUAUCAUGAAGGAAGGAGGAGAGAAUGCUAAUGCAAAGAACAACACUGAAGGUAGCAUGGUGGAUAGUAGUAUUGAGAAGCAUCCUGAAAAACCCUCUAUCCCAAAACAUAAGAUGCAAAGUUGCCAUGAUAAGAACAAUUUAUUAUUAAAUAUAAAAAAGCACAUUGAAAAAAAUUCUUCUAAAAUUGUUUCAAAGGAGCCUUCAGGAGAAAACACAUGCAUCAGUGAAAAUACCUUGAAUACCAGUAAUAGCUCAGUUUCUAGUGGACCUAUAAGCCGAAGACAGUCUUUUAUUACUUUGGAAAAAUUUGAUACAUCAGAAAACAGACCCUUUAGUCCUUCUAUUUUGAAUACUGUAUCAGGAGCUGUUUCAGUGUCAGAGAACCAAGAAAAUAUGGAUAUAGCAAGUGCCUCAAUGAAAAUAAAGACCAAAGAAAUAAAUAUUUCAAAAACUGAUAGGGAAAAAAUCAUAAAUGGAACCAAAAAAACAGUUCGAAGACCAAAUAAAACAGAACACACAGGAAGUAAACGACCUAAGCUGUUAAGAUCAGAACAAGAUAAAAAUGUUCAAGAAUCUGGUGGUUCUGUAAUGCCUGUAGAAAAUAAGUUGGCUGAUUCACUGGAUCAUACAGAGGAUACCCAGGACACUCUUCCUCAAGCUAAUGUAUUGGAAUGUGAAGAACUAAAGUUUCAACAUCCAGUAGAAAGUCUUGAAGUGGUAGAAAACAUUACAGAAGGAAAUGAUUUAGGAAAUAAUUUGGAAUCCAAAGAAAAUACACCUCCAGAAGUAAUACCCACAACAGACCAAAUAUCUAAUAAUGAUGAUGGUCAUAUACAGGUAUCAUCUAAUCAGAAAACACUUAGAAGGUCUUCAAGACGACGCUUAGAUAUAGAAUGUACUCCAGAUAAACAAGAUAAAGAAAACAGUCAAGAAAAAAAGGAAAGGCGAAAGGAAGAGGAGAAGUCUGUUCAGAAGAAGCUAUCACAAAUAAAGGAUGAUGUAUCACAAAAGCAGAAACCAAUUUCUGAAAAAAAUGUAGAUGAACAAGAACAUUUAAGUAAGAAAGCAAACAAUUUAAUUGAGAAGACUUCAGAACAAACUAACAUUGAAAUUAACAAAUUAAAACCUGAAUUUGAGAAUGUGAAGUCAAAUGUUGAUGAUUUGCAGGACUGUAGUUCAGAUAAUUCCUCACAAAAACCUGUAAGAGGACGAACAAGGUAUCAGACAAGGAGAGCAUCCCAAGGUUUGCUUUCUAGUAUUGAAAAUUCUGAAUCUGAUAGUUCAGAGACUAAAGAAGAACUUUCUAAUAAGAAAAAAUCUGGAAAAUGGAAAAAUAAGAGUAGUAGUCUUGAAAAUGAAAACACUAAGGGAAAAAUAGAAAGUAAGGACUAUCUAGGAUCUGAAACUAAAAAUGAAGGUGAAACAAGUUCUGAAUUGGGCAUGGAGAUAAGAUUGUCAUCUCAGACUUUUGAUAUGAACAACACACAGGACUCUUCAGUUAUUAAUGUUUCUAUAGUAUCUACAGACCCAUCAGAAGUUUCUAGUGAUAUAGAGAACACAAAUGAGGAGAAAAAUAAAAUUAGCACAUUUGUAGAGGAUUCCGGUUCAAACUCUUGUGUUCCAGAGUUAAUUUUAAGGACUAGAAAUAUAAAUAAAAAACUUCAUAAGCAAGAUUCUGUGGACACUAGUGUUAUUUCUCCAGGGGCAGAUGUAUCAGAUAUAUCAGAUACCUCCUUGCUUUCUGGAAACCCCCUACAGGCAAUUGAAUGUCUUCACAAAAGAAGUCGGAGGGUGAGAAGAUCAAAGAGCUGUGAUUGUUGUGGAGAAAAGUCAAAACUUCAAGAAAAAUUCUUUACCUUAUUAAAAAACACAGAUAAUUAUGAUACAAAAAUGGAUGAACCACAAAAACUAGGUAUACAGGCCACUGAAUGUCCUUUGGAAACUUCUUAUGUGGGCACAAACUUAGAAGUAAAACCUUUAAAGGAAUCUUGUACUGCUGUUGUACCAUUACUUCACAGGAAAGAAACUGAGGCUUUGAAUGAUUCAGUGACUGGAUCAGAAAAUGAAUUGAAAGAAAUUUCUAAUUUUGAAGAUCAUCCUCCCCCAGAAAGAGUAAACUUUGAAAACAAAACUUGUGUCAUUAUUAAUAAUGAAACAGACCUUGUAGUGAAAGAACCUUCUGAUCAGGCUAAUAAAAUGAUCAAUUCCGGUCUACCAAUUGAUAGUUAUCAAGAUUCUUUUGAACAGAAAGCUGUUCUAGAGAUUAGGAGAGAACAACCAGUAACUUUAUUAGAAGAGGAAAUAAGUCAGCACGUAGAAAGAAAGAAUGCUGAUAAUGAAAACAGUACACUUGAAGUACAGGCAAAAUCUGAUCCUGAAGCAGAAAUAAAGCAUGAAACUGUUAUUACAACUGAGAUGGACAAGUUUAAGUCAAGUGCUGAUGUGGAUGUUCCUGAGACGAGGAUGAAAGUUAACACAUCUGAGGAAAGUGCCAUGGCUGAGCCUGAGGCUGGAGCAGAUAAUGCCCAGGCCAAAGCACUUGAGGCAAGUGCUGAAACUGAUGUGUUAGAGUCACCUGAGAAAAUGAAUACUGUAGAAGCAAAAGCAGAAUCUGGCACACCAGAAAUGGUAAAAGCAGACUUUGAUGACACUGAACAAACUAAAUUAGAUCAAGAUCAUGUUGAGGUAGAAGAAAUCAAUGAUGAAAUUUUAGAGAAAAUUGAGGAUAUCUCAGAGAAAGUGGAGGAACCAGAGAAAGUGGAAGAACCAUCAAAAACACUUGCAAAUGUUUCUGAGCUGAUAACAGAAGAAAGUAAUGUUUCUCCUCAGAAGUUAAGGGUAGUAGACACUCAAUUUGAAAAUGAUAGCCCAAGUGGAGUGCAGACACGCUGUAUGUGGUCUCCUUUGGCUUCUCCUUCUACCAGCAUUUUGAAGAGAGGAGUAAAAAGACAACAGGAAGAGGAGGCCCCAUCACCUCUUAAUAAGGUUCGACGAGUUUCAUUUGCAGAUCCAAUUUACCAAGAAGGAUUGGCAGAUGAUAUUGAUAGGAGAAGCCCAGUUGUUAGAUCACAUUCUUCAAAUAAUUCUUCAACAGCUAAAAGUCUGAAAAGUUCCCCUACAUCACAGUCCAAGCAUAAUGCCACUCCAACCAAAGGAUUUCUGUCCCCAGGAUCACGUAGCCCUAAAUUUAAGAGCUCAAAGAAGUGCUUAAUUGCUGAAAUGACCAAAGAAUCUCCUCAAUGUUCUAAUGAAAGUAUAUACCCAGCCUUGGUGAGCUGUGGAGCACCUGUUGACAUUAUUUUACCUCAGAUUACUUCAAACAUGUGGGCAAGAGGCUUGGGACAGCUCAUUAGAGCAAAGAAUAUUAAGACAAUUGGUGAUCUGAGCACUCUUACGGCAACUGAAAUAAAAACUCUCCCUAUCCGUUCUCCAAAAGUUUCCAAUGUUAAGAAGGCUCUCAGAGUAUAUCAUGAGCAGCAGAUGAAGUCUCGAGGACUAGAAGAAAUUACCCUUAUUGAGGUUUCAGAGAAAUCAUUAAAUGGAAUGGAAAAUAAGCCCAUUUCUCCUGAUGAAGAAACGUUUGCUUCAGAUUUAAUUGAGCCAGUUACCUCCGAUGGUCAGCAGGUCAGAAAUCUUGUGGCCCAGAUCAGUGCUCUUGCUCUUCAGCUAAAUUCAGAAGAUCUGCACAAUUAUUCAGGAAGCCAACUUUUUGAAAUGCAAGAGAAACUGGGUAGCAUGACUAACUGCAUAAUGAAAAAUCUACAGUCUCGAUGGAGGUCACCACCCCAUGAAAGCUCUACUUAGGGUUUCCUUAGGAUAACAUGGAAGUUCUUUAAUAUCACAGUUUUUGUUAACUGACGAUGGCCACUCUGAAACAUUCCAUAAACAGUUUUAGAAUUUAGAAACUGAAUAUUUGCAGAAUAGAUCUUUUUAACUCUGAGAAAUAUGGUGUACAUUGAAUUUUUAACAUUUUGUGGGAUUGCUUUUUUCCAUGUGAAGUAUUUGUUCAUUUGCUGCUAUGCAUCAUCUUUCAGGUAUUUCAAGUGAGAUUUUUACUAAAACAUGAGGAAAGAAUCAGAUGUUGCUAAACUAAACCAUUUUCAUUCCUUCAAAACUUUAUGUAAAAUAACAUUUUAAGUAAGUGAAAUUGAAAAUGUUUUAUUUGAAAGCCAAAUUACUUGGAGAGCUAUUACUGGUGUUUGAUACUCCAUUUCCUGCUUGGAUUUGUUGUGCCUGAGAGCUAAGGAAAUCUUUUUUUGAUGAGGCAUCUCACAUGAGAUGGAGCAGAAUCGAGGGUAUUUUUUGGUUGUUGGUUUUAUUUUUCCUCUCCACAGUGAAGUUAACAUGCUUUUGCAUGAUUUUAUGGACAAGUCCCGUGAAAGGUGAAAUGCUAAAAAAAAAAAUAAUAAUAAUAACCAUUAUUUUGGCAUCAUCAUGUUAAACAGAUUUCCUGAGCUCUUUUCAUUUCCUUGGCAAAUGAAAGUGUAGCAGUAUUUUCCCAUGGGAAGUUGUUUCUAUGGGACAUAUACAAUACAGUUAAGUGCAUAACCAUUUGUAUAUUAUGUAUAGAUUAUAGAUGUUGGUUUUUAUUUAUAAAUUUCAGCUGAUUAAUUGCAUGGAUCACCCUUCUCUUAAAGACCUUUUGGGUAAGAGUUCUUGGUUUUACAUUAUAGAAAUCCACUUUGUAUAUAUUAUGUACUGUAUUACCAGUAUGGAGGGUCUUCAUGAGAUCACUUUAUUUGUACAUAAAGAACUCUACAAAGUCCUACAACAGUGAGCGCUGUAAUUGGUCAAUGAAAUCUUAGCUGAAAAGAUGAGUACAUGUAAUCCAAAAGAUACCAGAUCACAAAAUUACUGAAAUGCCAAAUGAUUUUGGUUUUCAAUUCCCUUUAUGUUUUGUAUAUAUGUAUAAGGAUUCAAUCAAAGGAAGACCACUUGAAAGUUUGCCAGUUUUAUUGACGCUUUCUGAAAGUACAUUCUGUUUAGAAAGUUUUAGCUCAAUUUAACUAGUGAAAAACCUAGAGAUUUGAUUCUUUUUGGCGGGGCCCACGCUUGACUAUGUUUUCCUUUUAUGGCUACCUGAUUUGAGAAAAUUUAAACAAAAUUAAAUUGUGCAAAAUAAUAUCAUCAUUGACAUCCCAUUCCAUACUUUACAUUUUAGUUUCACUUUCAUAACUUUUAAACAACAGAUGCAUUCAGCUAUUCUUUUAUUCCCUCAGCACUAAUUUAUUUUCAGUACAAAAAGUACAUUUUCUUAAAUAGGCAGUGAUCAAUUUGCUCAUUGGGUAGAACACAGUACUAAUGGUACCAAAGUCAUCAGAAUUCUUCUUCGGACCUUAUUAGGUUCCGUUGGCCACAGGGUGGGUAAUACCAUCUUUCUUAAAAGUAUGUGCUGAUGGCCUUGGGGGAAACAGAGUUAGAAUGUGGGCAGAUGUCAGUAUCCCAACCAUUUAGAGAAAGAAAGCAAACCCUUUAUCCUAAGAAAAAUGGGUUUGUUGGUGUUAUCUUUUUGUCUUUUGCUGGAAAUACUUAAGUAAUUCUAAGUAUUGCAGUUUGAAGAAAGUCAGAUUAGGGUUAGAUGGGUAUUUUAAAUAGAUAGUUUAUGACUUAUGGUUAACAUCUGUCAUCCCCAAAUGAUUUACGUGUUUUUUGCCUAAGAAUUUUUUUCCUUGAAAAAAUUAUUCUUAAGAAUAGUAAAAAGAAAAAAAAAGUUUAGUAUUUUUUACUGGAUCAAGAACAAGAUGUAGGAAUGGCAGGAGGGGAAAGGUUGGAUUUUUCAGAUGGUCAAAUUUUGUGUAUUUUUAUUAACAUUCAUUUUAACACCAUCAGAUUCACAGAAAACUAAACCAAGCAUCAUUAGAAUAUUUGAACUUAUACUCAUCCAUAUAAAUUUGCAGAUAAUUUCUCUUUUGCAUUUUAGAUUCUAAAAUACAUAGUGGAGGUUUUCGUGUUUUAAGUUUUGCACAACAGUUCUGAGAAUUUCGUUCACCACUCCCUUGGUUAGAUAUAAGUUUUUUUUUUGUAACCUUUACCUACAUGCCUUCUGCUCUACUUCUAGAUACAAGAAAACUUCAUUUGGAUUUUGGUGAAAGGCCAUUCAAAAUCAGCAAAAAGACUGAAAUAUGAAUCCUUUGUAGAAAAAUUAGUUUAGUAACUUCAAGUAGCCCUGGAUUGAACUAAGCUAGUAAGGUUAACCUAAGAUUAGCAAGUAAAUGACCUUGGGAAAGAGGAAAGAAAAUUUUUAAUUGAGCACCUGUGUCUUCUCUCAAAAACAGGCCUUGUAUGGGUUAGGUAAACCGCCCCACCACCUCCCCCUUGACAUCUUUUUUCAUUCUAAAUCUGCUUUACUCUUUGUUUUGCUAGAGUAGUCUGAAGUUUACCUGUACUUUAUCUGCACUAUUAUAAAAAAAAAUUCUUAAUGAAGUUUUACUGUAGUUUUUCAAUUCUCUAACUUAGUCUGUGGGGUUCAGACAAAUUCUUUAUUACAGCUUUAUUAGCAUUUGUCAAUAAUGUUUGGGUUCCUGGGAUUUAAUAACUUGAUCCUAACCACGAAUAGUAGAACAAAAAUUGGUUUCAUUGAUAGGAAAGAACCAUUGGACAACAGUGUUGGGAGAAAAAAAAGUAUUUAAAUCUGAAUAAAAGCAUCUUAAGUUUGAGUCUUUGGCAAUGGAUUAUUUUCCAUAUAGAGAUUAAUAAAUUGCUAAGUGUUCUGUUAGGCAUUAAAUAUUUAAAUAUAAAUAAUUAGUGAGUCUCUUACCUAUUUAUGUGGAAUGUCAGGGGAAGAGUUGGGUGGCUGGUGAUCAAGAGUCUAGCUUGAGUACCAAGUGAUUUAGGAUUAAAAAAGAUAAAUACAAAUGGAAAUUGAAGUAAGAAAUUAGGGAGAGAUAUAAUACAAAUUAAUUGGAGAUACUAAUGAGUUCUGUUGUUCUCCCCACCCUUUCUAAUUUGGUCAGCUUUGUAAAAUCAUUUUGGAGGAGCUCACUUAGCUUUCUCUUGGACUUGAGAGUUGAUUUGGGUUAUGGUAUUUGGACAUAAACUCAUCAUUUUACAAAUACUGAUAGUUGAUAGUUACGAUUGGUUUUGGCUUAUUAAUAUUUCCAUAAGCUUUUGUGUGGGAACAGAGGGAUGUGGUCUCCAACCUGCUGGAGCUAUUUUGCACUUUAUAGAGUAGAUAAAUACUGAUUCAUCCUUUUCAUACUGAGCAUCAGACUCAUUUGAUUAUUAUAAUUUUAGAAUGAGCCUGAAAACAAAAUCUGGAGAGAGUUGAAAUGUCAAGAGUAGAACUUCUAAGUAAUAAAAUUUAGAAGAUUUUGCUUUUGAUCUACAAAAAUCUUGUAAGCUGUGAAGUAUUCCAUUUUUUAAUAUUAAACCACCCCUUAGGACUUAGUUUCAGUCGGAGUUAAUCUCUCAACUAAUUGCAAGAUUUCCUUGAGAGUUUUCAAAUUUAAGGGAAAAAAAUCCUUAGGAAAUGUGAAUGGUUAGUGCUAUCUGAAGGAUAAGAUUUUCCACAGAGCUGGCUUCAUUAAAGCCUGAGUUCAGGUUGUGCCUCUCUUGCUUAACUGUGUGACCCCAGGGCAAGCAAUUUAAUUUCUGCAUUAUUCUCCUAAACUAGGCUUUAAAAGAUUUGCCUGACAGCUUUAAGAGGAGUUUCCUCAUUAAAAUUCCUUAUACUUAAGAAAUCACAGGUAGGUCUAGUAUUAAAAAAAAUAAAGCCUAGCCAUAAGAAGGCAAAUGUUGAUUUCCAAAUAGGCCAGAUAAUCCUGGGUAAAGUAGAUUUGCUACAGUAGCCUUUAAUUUCUCAGUAAGUGCUGUCCUGAAUAAAGGAUGUUUUAUAUUAUUUUCAAUUAUAAAUGCUAAAGAGACAGUUUUGUAUUUAGAUGAGGUUUUGGAGACAUUUGGUAUUCUAAUACUUUCCCCUCUUUGAGGAAAACAAGGUAGAAAAUAACCUUACCUGUGCCAUUCAUGUGGUAACACCUAUGCUUUGAAAAGUUAACCUGAUAAUUUUUUAAGCCGUAUCUAAAUCAAGUAUUUCUUAAUUGCCUUCAUUUGAACAGUAUUCUCUAAUAUCCCGUCUAGAUUUAAUAUUCUUGAUUAUAUGCUAUUUGCAAACUGCUGUGCUAAACACAUUUUUUUCCCUGAAAAGAUUUAUUAGAGUUAAUAUGGUUUGUGGGACUUUUUGUAGUCAAUAACAAAGCAAAAAUUUGUAGUUCAGUAAGGCAUCAUGGGUAAGUCUCAAAUCAGAAGUACAAGUUAUGACUUUAAAAUAGAAUGUAAAUUUGUAAGCUUUUUUUCUUUGUGAUACAUGUCACCACUCUUCCCUACCAACAGCCUCCCAACCAUGCAAAGAAGUACAAACAUUCAAAAGUGUCCACCCUGUCAGUUUCCUGGGAAUGCCAUCAGAUAUGUACAAAAUGCUAGUAGAAUGACUCUUGAAUGAUGGUGAGAUUUCUCUGUAUUUGCUGUUGGCUUCACUAUUAAUCUUAGGUUGCCAGAAGAGAAAUAGUCUAUGUCCCCUAAUUGCACAGGAGGCCUUUUGUUAUGCUCAAAUAAUGAUGAUGUAAUUGUGGGCCACAUUGUUUAUUGAUGUAACAAUAGCUGAUUUAAAGUGGGGAAUGGACUUGUCUUAGACAUUUAGAUGAGAUGCAGGGAAGAGAUAAUGGCUGAGUAAUUCUACCAAGCAGUCUGGAGUCAUUGCACCCCCUAAAUACCUUAUUAGAAAGCCUUCUAAUACUUGAGUUGAUAGCCUAGCUUCAGAGGUGUUAUGAAAUACUGUUUCUUAGUGCAGAAAUUGCUAUGCAUAAUUUAUCACAAAAAAAAAAGUCCACGUUCAGACUUGGUGUUUUAGAAUGUUUUGUAUCAAAAAUGGUUGAAAUUAUUUUGGCACCUGAGGAAUCAACUUCAGUUGUCAGUGGAUUUUGUUACAUGUUUCAUUCCUGAAGUAUCCAAGAUAAUAAGGUAUUAAUGGAAUAAACGAAAGGAACUUUGGAAUCCUGCAAAGGAUACAUACAAGUGGUACACUUAAAACAAGUGUAUAUUAGGUUCAUAAAAGCUAUUGACUUUGGGUGAUCUUGUGAUGAAUUUUCAGGCUUAGGUAGACAGGAAUAACAACUUAUAUUUAUGUCAGUUUGUGACUUGCAAAGCUUUUUCCCCCUAAACUUGUCAGCUAGAUAGCAUAAACCUUAUCCCUAUGUAAUUUAAGUGAGAUGAAUUUGAUUUGUAAGUUUGCCUAAAGAAAGUUACUGUGGGUGGAGAACUGGCUUUGGGGGGUCAGAAUAGUAAUGGCUUCGAUGAUUGUGUUUGGAUUAUUUACAUCUUGUUAGUGGCCUUAGUAGCACAGUGGUGCUAUUGACAUUUCCUAUUUUGGUUCUUCUGCUAUUGCAUCUCACUAUCCUUCCUAAUUAUCCAUGCCUGCUUUUCUAGUGACAUACUUGAGCAGUCCAUAUUGUUCUACAGAUUUUUUUUAGUUCCUAAUUAUACCACCUUGAAAGUGGUAUUUAAUUUCUCGUUGUUCUGUUUCUCUCCUGUAUGAACAUGAAAUCAUACCUGUGAAUUAAAUAGGUUGGGGCUUGGGGAUUUUAGGAGAAUAUUGAUUCCACAGUAAUUCCAUCUGUUUUUAACAUUCUACCUCUGUUGGUGGAUACACUUCUCCACCAUUAUGCACUUAGCAGAACACUGACUGGCAAAGCCUAGUCACAAAGAUUUAAAACAGUUCAGGGCCCUCCCGGAUAUGGUAGUUUUGUGCCUAUCACUUGAACUUGUUUUUCUAAGAUAGUUUAAUUUUACAUUAAUGAGAAAUUUAUAUAUUUGAUAAAUGCAACAGAGAAGUCUUAAGUAUCCUGAAGUACAAAGUAAGUUGUGGAAAUGUAUUGUCAACUGCACAGAGAGAGGAAACUGUUGCAGGCAAUCUGCAAAUAAACCUUUGAGGACUUUGGAAUGCAUUAUUGCUUUUGCAGUAGCAAGUUUAUUUUCCUCCUUAUAUUUUCUUAGACUAACAUUGAAUUCUCUGAGUUCAUGAUGCAACAGUGGCUUAGCUAAGUGAGGAGGAGGAAACCCACAGAAGAAACCAUCUUGGAACAACUUAUUUCAAGGAAUAUUAAGAAUUGACUAUAGCAGUUUCUGACUUAAAUGUGAUGUUAAAUGAGAAAGUACUGCUAAAAUAUUUUUUAUUAAUUGCACUUUUUCUCUGAAAUAAAAGUAUAAUGUAAGUAAUCUGAA